UAAUGUAAUGCAGGGCGUCUCUUCUUACUUACGGGCGCCCCCUGCAGACUCUCUGCGGGACAACAGCUGCGUGUGAAAACAUCCUGCAUGCCUCAACACUGCAGUUCAGCGGCGGGAGCCUGACUGGAUCAACACCUCCGGCCGGAGAUCCUCUGACCGCCCGGCAGGGAGCCCGGUAUGGCCGCGCGGACCCCGAGCCAAGCCGCGUGCCCCAGAUGGCGGAGUGAGUGAGGAUGCGCCUCCCCAGCUCCAUCUUUGUGUCGGUGUCACUGUUCACAGCUGAGACCACGGCAGCACUGUACCUCAGCUCCACGUACCGCUCCGCCGGGGACCAGAUCUGGCAGGGGCUCACGCUCCUCUUCACGCUCGUGCCGUCCGUGCUCGUGCAGCUAACCCUCACCUUCAUCCACCGGGACCUGGGCCGGGACAGACCGCUCGUGCUGCUGCUGCACAUCCUGCAGCUCGGACCCAUCGUCAGGUGUCUGGAGGCGUUCUGUAUUUAUGGCAGUGUGGGCCGUGUGGAGGAGCCGUAUGUCAGCAUCACCAGGAAGAAGCAGAUACCUCGCGGGGGUCAGUCUGAGGAGGUGGAGCGGCAGGUGGGGCAGGCGGAGGGGAAGCUGUUCACACACCGAGCAGCCUUCGUCCGCUCCUCUGUCAUUCAGGCCUUCCUGGGGUCGGCCCCCCAGCUCACCCUGCAGCUCUACAUCUGCGCCCUGCAGCAGGGGGUGUCCAUCGGGAGAGGCACGCUGAUGGUGAUCUCGCUCCUGUCCAUCGUGUACGGAGCGCUGCGCUGCAACAUCCUGGCCAUUAAGAUCAAAUACGAUGACUAUGAAGUGGACGUCCGGCCCGUGGCUUAUAUGUGCAUUUUCCUGUGGAGGAGCUUUGAGAUCGCCAGUCGGGUGGUGGUGCUGGUUCUGUUCAGCUCUGUGCUGCAGCUCUGGAUCCUCCCUGUGGUUCUGCUCAACUUCAUAGUGUUCUUCUUCUACCCCUGGAUCCUGUUCUGGCUGAGCCACUCUCCGUUCCCUGAGAAUAUAGAGAAAACUCUGACCAGGGUGGGAACCACCAUCGUGCUCUGCCUGCUCACCUUCCUGUAUGCCGGCAUCAACAUGUUCUGCUGGUCCGCUGUGCAGGUGAAGCUCUGCGACCCGGACCUCAUCAAUAAGUCCCAGAACUGGUACCGCAUGGCCGUGUACUACGUGCUGCGUUUUGUGGAGAACGCCUCGCUGCUCCUGCUGUGGUUCAUGUAUAAAACUGAGGUGUACAACUUCAUCUGUGCCCCGCUGCUGGUGCUGCUGCUGCUGCUCGCCUACGGCAUCGCCAUCUUCUUCAUGCUGGUCUUCUACCAGUUCUGUCACCCGUGUCGGAGGCUCUUCUCCUCCAGCAUGACCCAGGGCCUCUGGACCUGCUCCUCUCUCCUCUGUCUCUCAUGCAACUCUGCUUCACCACAGAACAGGCCCACAAGAAAGUCACCAUGUCCCCCCACACGUAAAGAGCCAGCCAAUGACGGAGCCCAGGACACAUCCAGCGACACCACUGACGACAUGCCUAACGAAACAACGUAUGACAUGCUCAAUGAUACAGUCUGCGACUCUCCCAAUAAAGUGAGCAAUAGCAUCUGUGUUGGAAUCAACGGGGACAUUAACCACAGUGUAUCCUGCAACGCUUAAAGCAUCACAGCUGUAGGACGUGCCAAUAUACUCAAUACUGUGGGCAAUCCCCACAGGAGCAAUUUGGGGUGAAGUGUCUUGCCCAGGGACACAACGACAUGCUGACUGCAGUGGGGUUUGCACCUGUGACCCCCUGAUCUGAACACCUACGGACAACCCACUGCACCACACGCCUCCCUGUAGAUACCCUCUGUAACCUUUUUAAGUGCCCCGUGAAUCCCUUUGGCGAGUUGAGUUGACCCCUUUUCAUAUGUCCAUCUCAACUCUGUUUUCUACCACUGUUAAUCAACAAGAAGCUAAUGUGUUCUAAGCCUGGAAAUGCAAUGAAGAAGCCGGGGUGGUGCUCAUCUAACAUCCAAACCCUUCACCCUGCAGCCUUUACUAUAAUAAAAACACGGACAACACAGUUACUUCUCACGCUUUGGAGACUGUGUCCACGUAUUUGCUGCUUUACUGAUCCCAAGGCGCCAUGCAUAUGACUUGAUUGUAUUUAGUAUCUCUAUUUGGCAUGGAGGUGUGCAUGUUUGAAGCAUCAGAUGAACCUCUGCAAGGUGGGGGGGGGUCUGUUUUGUACAGGGUGUUUUCUGAACCCCUCCCUCUAGUUUUAUGGCUGCAAGCAAUCAGCUUUUUUACUCCUUGAUGAGAGCGUUAUCAUUAACACGCGCUGCUUCUGUGAUGUGUCUGUGCUUUGUGAAGAGAUGUGAAUAUCAACAUACUGUUUAAAGUGCUCGUUCACACGUUAACUGUAAGACACCGACGUCUCCAAACAUGAGUUUUGCACGUUUACAAAAAGGAUUUAAGUGGCUUUGGUUCAACUGUUGAACAGAAAUGGCUGCAGUGAUGUGAAAUGCUUUGUUUGGAUAUAUGUGCUUUUCUAAUUCAUGCUUGUUAUGUCCGUCAGCUCUGUGUCUGUGAGUCUCACUAG